AUGAUCGUGUUUGCGUUUCGACAGAUACUGUUCACCGACCACUGUAAGGCGUGCAUUUGCAUCGACGGACAGAUAUUUUGCUAUUGGCAAUGCGACGACACAGCCCCUGCAGACACAAUGGACGAAGAGAUCGACGGCGAACCGCAAUCCACGUCCACGACGACAAACAUAAUUUCGACUACCUUCGAAACCGAUGUGAGUUCGAAAUCGACAAACUUUGUACCGCACUCGAGCUCCUCGGACGUUUUGCAGACAACCGCCGUGACACCCAACGAAGACGCCGAGCCGUUUUGCCUAGUUAUGGGUGUCAGAUAUAAGCCGGGCAGCGUUUUGCCCAGAGACGCGGGAUCCUGUCUGGAAUGCCAGUGCGGCCAAAACUCGCAGAUCGCGUGCAGCCCGAAGGACUGCAUAACGUUGAAUUCGUUGGCCGACGAGGACACUUCCGAACCGGAUUUCUACGGCAACAACAACGGCGAACAGAACAACGGAAAUUUCAACAUGGACAUGUUUGCCGUCAACGUCGUUUGA